UCAAGACCAGUGUGCAAAAGUGUAGAAUGGGGGGGCUCAGGACUGUCCAUAAUUAUAAAGGGUGCCUUGGGACUGUCCAUUCUUUUAAAGGGUGCCUCAAGACCGUCCAUAAUUUUAAAGGGUGCCUCAAGACCGUCCAUGAUUUUAAAGGGUGCCUCAAGACCGUCCAUAAUUUUAAAGGGGUGCCUCAAGACCGUCCAUAAUUUUAAAGGGUGCCUCAAGACCAUCCAUAAUUUUAAAGGGUGCCUCGGGACCGUCCAUAAUUUUAAAGGGUGCCUCGGGGGACCGUCCAUAAUUUUAAAGGGUUGCUUGUGCCUCGGGACUGUCCAUAAUUUUUAAAGGGUGCCUCGGGACGUCCAUAAUUUUAAAGGGUGCCUCAGGACUGUCCAUAAUUUUAUAGGGUGCCUCAGGACUGUCCAUAAUUUUAAAAGGGUGCCUCAGGACUGUCCAUAAUUUUAAAGGGUGCCUCGGGCUACUGUCCAAAUUUUAAAGGGUGC